AUGGGAUGUGGUGUCACAAAGUCCAACCAGUUCCACAAAAACUCCGGAAAAGCUAUAAAAGCCGCCGUCCUCAUUCAGCAAUGGUAUCGUCAGUAUGUCGCCCGCACAGAGAUGAGACGGAAAUACACCUGGCACAUCUUUCAGUCCAUCGAAUACUCGGGAGAACAGGCUCAGAUAAAGCUUUAUAACUUCCUUGGCUACCUCAUGGACAAUUUCACACCUACAAGCAAUGAACGGAAUUUGAUCUCACACAUCUUCAGAGAUAACGAAGUCUGUCGUGACACAGAGUGGGAGAGGUUAUUCUGCUACAAGAAAAUAGAAGUGCCAGAGAUUUACUCAGGCCCUCAUCUCACCUUCCCUCUGACGGUAGAGCAGGCGGUCAGGCUGGUGGAGGCCUUUAGGAACAAGAAACAGCUGCACUCGCGCUACGUCCUCCAGCUGCUGCUUGAGACGCUGAAACAGAUCCGGAUGUUACCCAACAUCAACCGCAUCUCUACCUGCCAAAGCAAAGAAAUCACUAUUUGUGGUGACUUGCACGGACAACUAGAAGACCUGCUGCUGAUUUUCUACAAGAAUGACAUGCCGUCCAUGGAGAAGCCCUAUGUGUUUAACGGAGACUUUGUAGACCGAGGCAACGACUCCAUCGAGAUCCUCCUCAUCCUGUUUUCAUUCCUGCUCGUCUAUCCGAGCGAAGUCCACCUCAACAGAGGAAACCACGAGGACCACAUAGUCAACCUCAGGUACGGCUUCACAAAGGAGGUGCUGACUAAAUACAAGAUGCAUGGCAAACGGAUCCUGAAGCUGCUGCAGGAGAUUUUCAGCUGGUUGCCAUUAGCGACGGUGAUCGACCAGAAGGUGCUGGUACUCCACGGAGGGAUCUCCGACACCACAGACCUCAGUGUCCUCGCCCGAGUGGACAGACAUAGUUACGUCUCAGCGCUGAGGCCUCCGAAGAAGAGAAACCAGAGCUCAGCGGCAUCGUCCAUCGACAUAGAUGUGGAGGAGGACGUCUUGUCCCACAACAAGCUCACCCAGCGUCGGACCUCUCUCACGUAUCCCAAACCCCUAGCCCGCGACGUCUUCCCAAACCGCUCGCUGCAGGACUUCUCCGGACUGAUCAAAGUUAACACAGUGGAUGAUGUGGAGAUCCACAGGAAGAGACCGUCCAUUUCCAUCCAGGGAAUCAACAGACCAGAAAAUGAGACGACUCAGGCUGAGUCUGUCAACAGUGAAAAUGGCAACGACGAGUGGAAGCAGAUCCUGGACCUGCUGUGGAGCGACCCGAUGAACCAGGACGGCUGCGUACCCAACGAGGUGCGGGGCGGAGGCUGCUACUGGGGCCCCGACGUCACAGAGGACUUCCUGAACAGACACAACCUGCAACUAAUCAUCCGCUCCCACGAGUGUAAACAGGACGGUUACGAGUUCUGCCACAACCGAAAGGUCCUCACUCUGUUCUCUGCCUCCAAUUACUACGAUGUGGGAAGCAACAGGGGGGCCUACGUGAAGUUGGGUCCAGACCUUGUGCCUUAUUUAAUUCAGUACCAGGCCAGCAGCAUGAUCCGAGAGCUUACCGUGAGACAAAGUGUCGGACGAACCGAGCGCUCAGCCCUUAAAGUCCUGCGGGAGCAGCUGUUUGCGCACAAAUCUGACCUCCUCUGUGCCUUCAAAAUGGUCGACAGCAAGAACACAGGUCAUGUGAGUGUACACGACUGGGCCUGUGCAGUGGAGAGUGUGAUGCACCUUGGUCUGCCCUGGAGAAUGCUGAGCUAUCAGCUGGUCACCAGUAAGACCAGUGAUGGCAUAAUCGACUACCACGAGUGGUUCAACGAUCUCGCCAUCAAAGGAACCAACACAGAUCACAUAGACCAAAGUCUACUUGAGACUUUGUAUCGCCACCGCUCCACCUUGGAGACCAUCUUCAGAAUCGUAGACACCGACAACUCAGGCUUCAUCACCAUGGAGGACUUCCGGCAGACUUGGAAGCUGCUGAGCGUCUACCUAAAGAUGGAGAUCACGGAUGACGCAAUCUCUGACCUGGCCGUCGCCAUCGACCGCAACCAGGACGGCAGCAUCGACAUCGACGAGUUCAUGGAGGCCUUCCGCCUCACGGACAAGAAGAGCCGGCUGGAGCGAGGACGCAGCAUGUUCAUGGGGACGGCCACUGACCUCACCAAGCUGGAGGGAGACCUCAACAUAUGAGCAGAGAGACAGAGAGAGAGAGAGAGAGAAAGAGAGAGAAAGAGAGAGAGAGAGAGAGAGACUGAAAACAGAGAGCAACCUAAGCUCAGACAUCACCAGACAGGCAAGAGCAUGGGAGGAAGAGGAGAUAAAGCCAACGCAAGCUGCUUUUAGUGACGCACAUUGAGACGUAGGAUGCUGCUGAGCAACAGCUGCGUAAAUCACAUGGGAUUAGAGUGAGGAUAGAUUUCACAUUUUGAUGCAGUUUUUUGUGUGUGUGUGUGUGUGUGUGUUGCAUUUUGUCUCUUUUAUUAAUAUAUAAGACAGAAUUGUCAAAAACUAUUGCAAAGGCAAAAUCCACAAACGGAAACAAAAAGGCAUCAUAUUUAGGCUGCAUGAUUUUUAAAGGUAAGAUAUCCUGUGCUUUCCUCAACAAUAGUAGAGUAGUGCUACUUUAGACUAAUACAAAAUGAAUGCCUAUCCACACUUAGACCCACUAGAAGUGUGUAAUGGCGUCUGAAUUUGCAGAGACCCUUCCCUCUGCCUGUGUUCUCUCUUUUCUUUUUCUUUUUGAGACUUGGAGAGUUUUGAAAAACCAUGGCACUUCUGGGCGUCAACAAAGAGCCUUUGGGCCCCACGUUGGUGUGUGACCCCCAGCCAGUAACACAUUCUCAUUUUCAACUGCUGCUUUGCCUCUCGGCAUCUCAUACCGACCAAACCGACGCACAAGUCUAACUGACACGGACACCACUGACUCCAGAUGUUUUGAAAUGGACGUUUCGGUUGAUUGAUUUUCAUUACGUCAAUUCCCAUAUACGUAUAUCAAUAGGCUCAGUACAAAGACAAUAAUUAUUAUUUUUUUGAACCUUUAUUUAUUCAGGGAAGGUUCACUGAGAGGCAGCCUCUCUUUUGCAGGAAC